ACGCUCGCACUAGCUCCGGUUUCCUCUCCUGUGGUGUUUUGGUCCGGUCGAGCCCACUCACAAAAAUGACAGCAAGGAAGUCCGGCUCACGACUGGAGACCGAGAUAGAGCGGUGCCGUUCUGAGAGUCAAUGGGACAAGAUACCGGAGCUGGUCCGGCAGCUCUCCGCCAAACUCAUAUCAAACGAUGACCUAGGUGAGUUGUUGCUUGGGGAAUGCAAGCUCCAGACGUACCUGAAGGAGAACCCCAUCAAACAGGGAGCCAGUCCCAGGGGCCCACGGCCUAAACUGGUGGAGGUCAGGAAACAUCUCACUGCUGCUCUGGACCGAGGAAACCUCAAGGCGGAUUACCUCCAGGAGGCCAGUCUGCUGAUGGCCAAACUCUGCUAUGUGGAGGGAGAACACAGGGACGCGUUAGGUCACUACAGCAGGGUGAACCUGGAUGACAUGCAGCUGGGAGGAGCUCCUGUGUACAGGCUAUCCAUGAUAGCUGAGGCAUAUGCUACCAAAGGACUGUGCUUAGAGAAGGUCCCAGCAGCCUCUCCGUCUCUAUCCAAUAAGAACACUGGGUCGCCCUCGUCCAAUAAGAGCACAACGGACCGGGACCAGGAAAUCAUCACCUGCUAUGAAAAGUCCGGAGACAUUGCUCUGCUCUACCUGCAGGAGGCUGAGAAGGCCUUAUCAGCAGGAAUUCAGAACCGCAGCCCGAAGCCCGGCCCGACCGCCCAAGACCUGGAACUGGGCUACUUCCUGGAGACAGGCCUGCAGAGAGCCCACGUCAUCCACUUCAAGAACGGCAACCUGACACAAGGCGUGGGCCGUUUUCGGGAGAUUCUUCGGGCUGUUGAGAACAGAACCACCCAGAGCCUCCGCAUGACCAUCGCCAGACAGCUUGCAGAGAUCUUGCUCAGAGGAAUGUGCGAACAGAGUUACUGGUCUCCUCUGGAAGACCCGCCCACCGUGUCGCCAUUGGAUGAUCCCACACGGCAGGGACACACUCACACCAAGAACUACAGCUUAAGCCGACGCCCACGCGUGUACUCGGGAGAGAAUCUGUUUUGCCCUAAGGAGAACACCGAGGAGGCUCUGCUGCUGCUGCUCAUCAGUGAGUCCAUGGCUAACAGGGACGCCGUCCUGAGCAGAAUCCCCGAACACAACAACGAUCGCAUCAUCAGCCUGCAGUCUGCGUCGGUGGUGUACGACCUGCUGACUAUAGCUCUGGGCAGGAGAGGGCAGUAUGAGAUGCUGUCAGAGUGUUUGGAGAGAGCCAUGAAGUUUGCCUUUGAGGAGUUCCACUUGUGGUACCAGCUCGCCCUGUCGCUGAUGGCAGCUGGGAAAUCAGCUCGUGCCGUUAAAGUCCUUAAGGAGUGUAUUCGUCUGAAGCCUGACGACCCCACCAUCCCGCUGCUGGCUGUCAAGCUGUGCAUCGGGCCGCUGCACUGGUUAGACGAGGGUGAGUGCUUUGGGAAGAUUGUGAUUGACAUGGGGGAGAAAGCAGCGGAGUUCAGAGCCAAAGGCUUCUUGGCCAUCGGGCUGGUUUACAGCCUCAAAGCCACCGACGCAUCAUUGCGAAGCACACAGGAGGAGUACCAGAGGAAAGCUUUGGGAGCCUUCCAGAGAGCUCAGAGUCUAUCCCCUACCGACCAUCUAGCAGCCUUCUACUUGGCGCUGCAGCUUGCUGUGUCCAGACAGAUCCCAGAGGCACUAGGCUAUGUACGGCAGGCGUUGCAGCUGCAAGGGGACGAUGUCCACUCCCUUCAUCUGCUCGCCCUGCUGCUCUCUGCUCAGAAGCACUACCACGACGCCCUCAAUAUCAUAGAGAUGGCUCUGUCCGAGUACCCAGAGAACUUCAAUCUGCUGUAUACCAAGGUGAAGCUGGAGUCCAUGUGUAGAGGGCCGGAGGAAGCUUUGCUCACCUGCAAACACAUGCUGCAGAUCUGGAAGAGUUUUUACAACCUCACCAACCCCAGUGAUUCUGGGCGGGGCAGCAGUCUGUUGGACCGAGCCAUGGCAGACAGACGACAGCUCAACGCCAUGACUCUGCCCGACUUCAGCGACCCAGACACGGUCUCAGGUUCUUCCACGUCUCACUCUGGUUCUGAACCGGUCUCCCCCACCUCCCCAUCCACCAUCUCCACCCUCUCCUCCCCACUGUCCUCCCCUGCCUCUCCUGUCUUCAUCUUCCAGCCGCCUCCUCUUCCUCCACCCAAAAACCCAUCCUUCCUCCCUCCUCUUCCUCCGCGUCCUCCUGCACCCACUAGGACUCAGUCCUUUUGCAACCACGUCUGUCUCCGACAGCUCUCCUCCAAUUGCUCGGUUCAUGCCACAUCCAUAGCAGCCAGCCGCGUGGAGCAGGCCCUGUCGGAGGUAGCCUCCUCCCUGCAGAGCAGUGCCCCCAAACACGGACCCAUGCACCCCUGGAUGACCCUGGCUCAGAUCUGGCUGCACGCAGCCGAGGUGUACACCGGCAUGUCGAAGCCUGCAGAGGCCUCGGCCUGCACGCAGGAAGCCUCCAACCUCUUCCCCACGUCCCAUAACGUGCUGUACAUGAGGGGGCAGGUCGCUGAACUAAGGGGCAACGUAGACGAGGCCAAACGCUGGUAUGAAGAAGCCCUGUCCAUCAACCCGACGCACGUCAAGACCAUGCAGAGACUGGGUCUGAUUCUUCACCAGCUGCAGCGCUACAGUCUGUCAGAAAAGGUCCUGAGGGACGCUGUGCAGGUCAACAGCACGGCUCAUGACGUGUGGAACAGCCUCGGCGAGGUGCUGCAGGCUCAGGGAAACGCUGCCGCUGCCACCGAGUGUUUCCUCACUGCCUUGGAGCUGGAGGCCAGCAGCCCCAUUCUGCCCUUCACCAUCAUACCCAGAGCGCUAUGAAACACACACACACACACACACACACACACACACACCUCCUUCACAGCUGUAGCCUCAGUACUUUAACACAGUGGCACAUGUGACGGAUCUACACUACACACACCUGCCGUACCACUACUGUAAAUACACACACACACACACUGAGAAGCUUCCCCUUAGUCCACCCAUCCUUCCCACUUUCUGUGGCUGUGUGUGUGUGUGUGUGAGUGUGUGGCUGUGUGUGUGUGUGUGUGUAUGUCGCCCAUUUCUCUGUAUGUGUGCGUGUGCCAACAUGUUGCCUGUGCGUCUCUGUCUGGCCGUACUUGACUUGUAGUGUGUUUCUGUUCAUGACUGUUUGAAGAUGUAAAUAAGGUCAAAGGAGUUGAGAAUUCAGAAGCCUGAGAGUUUACAUUUUGUUUACAUGUUAUUUAGUCCAUUAGAGUUUCCUUUACGAGCCAAAUGUUACUGAUAAUCCCAACACACAAACACACACGCUCUGUGUUUAUGCAAAGAGGCUCGCGGUUACUUUUUGGCUCGGUCUCUGCCUGAGAGACCCGAUCAACAAAGACUGUCAAGUUGAAAUGCCAGAAAACACACAGCAGAUCAGAUUUAGAGCCGCUGAUGUUCAAAGGACGGCUGCAUAUUUGUAAAUAAAGCAUGUUCUCUCUCAUGAACGGCCCUUACAUGCUAUUUUUGUUCUAUUUUCUGUCUAUUAACAUGACAUUCUACGAUUUUACAUUCCAUUUGACGAAAGGAGUAAUUCAACACGUUGAAAAAUGUAAAUCUCGUGAUUUGGGAGUGGAAUUAACUGUUCAAUGUGAAUCUUUGCAGAGUGAGCAUAUUGCUGUAAAACAAAUCCCGUCUUUGAAUGAAUACAUGCUUUUGAUCUGUUGGGGACAGCUGAUUAGUUUUUUGCAUGAUCAGCGGUAGUUCCGAUAGAUGAAGUCAAACAGAAGAUCCUGCUGCUGGUAACCAGCUAAACUUCUAACCAAUUGGAAUAAAAAACUCCCAUGUGCCAUAUAAAUAUGUGUUAACCAAUUGUAAUUAAUAAUGGAAUUUGCUCCACACAUGCUCUUUAAAAUCAAUUGAUUCUAUGUGUAAAUGCAACCAGUGAGUGUGUUGUCUUUAUGUUCCGCCCCACUUAUGUUAAAUACAACUAGAUGAAUAUACUUUUUUUUUUCUCCAAUUAAUUAUAAAUACAAAGGAUUGCUGUUGUAUAUUUGAUUGUUCCAAUGUAUUAUUAAUGCUAUGGUUUUGAAAAGUAAAUUAUAAUUCUAUUUUCUUGAAAGAGAUGUUACUGAGAAGCAUUUAGAGGAAAUAAAAGGAUGAAGUGAUG